UGAUCAUUGGCUUGGCCUUCUGCCAUAGUGCCAUCAUUAUCCAUUGUCUUGGCGGCUGGCGUUGAUAAAAAAUUGUUUUUAGUUUUUAUUACGACGUUGUCGUUUUUGUAUAUUGUUGUUAUUGUCGUCCUGAGUUCGAAAACCUAUAGAAACCCAAAUACUGUGAACAAGAAAUAAGAAUCACACAACGCCGACCGAUUACCGGACAACUCUACUUUGCGACCGUACUGUGAGUACGUUUCCAUCUCGAGGUGGUGUUGAAAAUCCGUUCCGAGUGAUGAAAGAUCGGCAAACCGCACCAGGAGAUGGUAUUAGAUCUCUAAAAACUUCCAGAGUGUUUCGGAUCAUCAACUUUGAGCUUUACUCAAAACCGAAUAAAGUAAUCAUGGCAUUAGGACUUGUGUCAAUAUCAUUCACGUUUGGAUAUCUAGUGUACAUGAGACACCAAUAUGAAAAAAUGGGAUAUUAUCCAGCUGUUGCAGAAGAUGGCCGCCAUGAAGUAUACAAACAAAGACAAUCCAAAUGGGAUUGAAAUUGUAUUGUUUUAGUAUUGCAACCUUUAGCCGUACUUAAUCCGCACAUAAUUAUUCUACUUAAAAAUGGAUUCUUGCCUAGCCGUUGAGGCUGAUAUUGACAAAUUAAUUGCCAAAUAUAAUAAAUAUGGACCAAAAUGGCAAUUUCAACUACACAGAUUUAUUUCGACAUUAGAACGGUACAAACGAGAAAUUGAAAGUCAAAGUUCUGAAAUAGAUAAAUGUGGACUUUCUUCAACAAUCUUACAAAUGAAGCUCGCCAUAAAGGACAUUUCGAAUGAACAUAGAAGAUGGCAUAGCGAUGUUUCAAGAGUAGGCAAAACUAUUGACAAAAAUUUUAUUGCUGACUAUACAGAAGCCAGUAAUAAAAAAGCGUUUAAAACCGAUCAUGAAAAAGAAAUACUAAACAAAAUAAUUUGUAUGCAUUUGUACCGGGAUUCAAAAUGGGAAGUUGCUGAAGAAUUUUUAAAAGAAGCUGGUAUUACAGUUGACGAUAAACUAAAACAACGGUAUUUAAAUCUAAACCAUAUUGUUGAUAGUUUGAGACAAAAAGAUCCUAUGCCAGCCUUUGAAUGGGUAUAUCAAAACAAAGUUCAGCUAGAUGCCAAAAAAUCAGAUCUAGAAUUUAAAUUGCACCAAAUUGUGUUUUUAGACAUUCUUAAUCGUGGUGAUCAAUAUGAAGCAGUUGUUUAUGCCCGCACAAAUUUCAGUCGUUUUAUUGACAAACAAAAGGAAAUCCAAUCCACAAUGGGUAUGUUAUUGUAUCCACCUAAUGUUGCACAAAUGCGUACUGAAGUUAUUGACCUGUUUAUAAAAGAUUCUUGUCUUAGUGAUGACGAUAUGUUGAGUGUGUGUGUGAAUGUGGGUUGUUCAGCAUUACCAGCUUUAUUAGAUAUUAAACAAGCAAUUUGUCGAGAUGUUGGAGGAGUUUGGAAUGAAAAUGACGAAUUACCAAUCAAAAUCGACACUGGUUUUGCAUAUCAUUCAGUAUUUGCUUGUCCAAUAUUAAGAACUAGAAGUGGAACAUCUAAUCCACCUAUGAUGUUAGUAUGUGGCCAUGUAAUAUCCAAAGAUGCACUUAAUAAAUUGGAAAGAUCUGGUAGAUUAAAGUGUCCAUAUUGUCCUAAAGAACAACUUCCAUCAGAAGCUAGAACUAUAAAUUUCUAAAUAGCUUAAUAAUGUUUUAAAUGUUCUCAUCGUGUACAAUGUAAAUAGUUAAUAAUAUUGUAUUUAAAACAAUGUAUAUGAAUUCAUAUAACUAAGUUAUAUGUACUAACAUACAUUGGUUAUAAUGUAUGUAUUUUAUUAAAAUUAUAACAGCUACAUCAUAUAUUGUAUUGUAUCGAAUUGGAGGUUAAAUAAUUUUAUUUAUAAGAAAUCAAUUUGGCAAAUCAUCAUGUUAACUAUAAGUAAUUUCAAUGGUGACUAUUCUAUGUUUAUAUAUCUAGUUUUCUUAUUUAAAUUAAAACUGGCAUUUUUCCAAGUAUAUGUAAGUCCAUAAUUUAUUAAAAUAAAUUUCAUUUCAAAAAGUUAAAAUUACAUACUUUUUAAAUUGUAGUAAAAACAAUUUGAUUUAACAUUUUUUUGUAAACGGUGGUUAUAUUUUAUUUUAACAUUAUUUAUGUUUAAAGAUAGUAUAUUUAUAUUUUUAGUCAAAUUAUGAGGUAAAAUCAUAGAUGUUUAUUAGAAAUGUUAAAUGAUGUAAAUUAACUUUUAUAAAUAUAUUUUAAAUAAUUAUAAUUUGUAUGAAAUUGUGUGUAUAUUAAUAUAUUAUGUAUUUAAUUGGUUGAAUUA